AUGUACCCUAAAAAGAUUAAUAGAACCUUACACGUUGGGAAGCAUAUUCAAAGAGAAGAAUCUGUUAAAACUCUCAUAAUUGAUAAAUUGGUUUAAGAUUAUGGAAGAAAAAAUUAGUUGAAUGUGAAUUUAAUUAUGGCAUAUGUAGAUGACUUUUUUGUAUGUUACAAAGCUAGUGAAGGAGCUGUGAGAGCACUUAAAGAAGAAAUUAAGGAAGCCAUCUUAAGACCAGAAAAUGAAAAGCAAUUAAUGAUACAGCGAUUACAUUAGCGUAUUUCUAGAAAGCAAAAGGAAGAGCAGUUAAAAACAUUGACAAAUCCGAAGGUUAGGGCAUCAUUGCCAGAUAAAAUAGAAUUGCAAAAUAAAACAGAAAAUAGUUCACAAAUCAAAUUAGGCAAUACUCUGCCACUUGACGUAUUGGAAGAAAGAAGGAAAUCAAUUUACAAGGUGGAUGGUUCUGUAGAUGAAUGGGCUGCUAUAAUUAAAUAUGAUACUCAAUAGUUUUAGAAAGAAUUAGAAGAACAGAAGAAAUUAUUAUUGCUUAAUCAAUAAAAAAUAAAAGAGGAAUUAGAUAGACAGGUAGCAGAAAAAGAGUCACGAAAAUAAAAAGAAAAGAAGGAGGAAUAAAAUUAUUAUGCUACAAGUUAAUAAUAAUUGAUGGAGUUUGAAAAACAAUAGGAAUUACUAAAGGAAAGCAAAAAGUAAUAAUUAUUACAAGAGAAAUUUAUUCGAGACUAAUAAGUUUAUGUUGACAAAAGAAAGAAAAAAGAGUAGAAUUUAAACACUAAAUAAUAUGAGGAAGAAAUGCUUGCCAAAGUGAAGGAAGAAUUGAAAGCAGAAGAUUAAUAGUAGAAACGUAAGAGACUUGAAUAAAAGGAGAAAUUCUAAUAGAUACUUAAGUUAAAUGAAAAUUUAAGGAAGAAGGCAAAAGAAGAAGUUAUACAAAGCAAGGAACACGAAAAAUUGUUGCAAGAAUAGUCAGCUUUAAAAGAUCAGCUCGAAAAUGAGAGAAAAGAGAAGUUCAAAAAAGAUAAAGAAGAGAAGAUUAAAUAAUUGAUGAAUAAUUAUAGUGAGUUUGUUAUGAAAAAUAAAAAGGAUAAUAAAUAAUUAGAAGAUUCCUAAGGGGAAUUCUGGGCAAAAAAGAACAGUGAACAUAGUGCUUUCUUAGAUUUUAAGAGCAAUACAAAUAAAAAAGAAUAAUAACUUCAAAUAUCUUAAGAUCUUUAGUAAUAAAUAUUAGAAAAAAAAAGAAGGUAUACUCUAGAAGUAUCUGAAAAAAAGUAACUAUUUGAAUAAUAACUCCAAGAAUAAAAAGCCUUGAAAAAAUAGGAUGAAGAGAGAAGAAAUAAUAUUCGAUAAAUGUAUGUUCAAAAUGCUGAAGACCUUAAAAAAUAAAUGACUAAAGGAUACUUAAGUUAAUCUCCUAAAAGAAAAUAAAGUCCCAAUGAAAGAAUGGUGGGAUAUGAAUUACUUUAAAAUAAGAAAUUACUUAAAAAAAUAGCAAAUGAUAAUUCUAUUGGAAUAUCCAUAACAAAAUAAGAGAUAUCUAUACCUGAAUGA